AUGGAAGGACUUGAGAAACUACGACCAGUCGGUCGUUUGGAACAGUACUCGACGGCCCGUCACCAGGCUGGGUUCUAUCUCAAUGUCGCAGUGACUGCGAGUUAUGUUCUGCCGGAUACAUUCCACCUGUCUCUCAAACAUUACGUAUACCAUGCGUGCGAGUCACUAAUUGCCGAGCAUCCCGCUCUGUCCGCAAUUCCCGCUGCGGAUGAUACGCAACAGCCCUACUUUGUCCGAUUACCCCAGAUUGACCUUGAUCGGACGGUCUCCUUCAAAGUAGGCGAGCUAGGUGGUAGUUCAGCUGUGACUGAGGAUGGGAAUCCUGUCCCAGAUCCUGAACUGCAAGCUCUGUUAGAAAGGCAGCACAACACGCCCUUCUCAGCACCAGACACAUACUGGAGACUGUGUGUGCUCACUGAUCCGUCCAAUCCAAGAAGAUUCACAGCCGCAUUUGUCUUCCACCAUGCAUUGGGUGAUGGAACCUCUGGUAAAGCCUUUCACCAGACCUUCCUCCGAGCUCUUGAAUCAGCCGCAACCCAAAGCAUGGAGCCCAACUCUCUCAUCCGGUCCCCUUCUCGGCCAAUGCUGCCCAACAUAGAGCAAAUUCACCCCAUGCCACUUUCUCUAUGGUUCCUGACCAAAAAGAUCUUCCAAGCAAAAGUCUAUUCUCCCAGGCAUCCCGGUCUAUGGAGUGGAGGCAAGAUCCAAACCGAAGGAAGCACCCUGGUCCGCCUGGUCUCUUUCUCCAGGUCCCUCGUCACCUCACUUCGAAAAGUGUGCCGUGGAGAAGAAACGACCAUCACGGCGCUUUUGCAGACGUCCCUUGCUCGCUCGCUCUUUGUCCAUCUCCCCGAUCACUAUACCUACCUCAACUGUUCCGGUGCCAUCUCCUGUCGGCGUUGGCUACCCGAUGAGAUUACCGACGAGGUCAUAGGCGUCUACGUGACCGACCUUGAAGAGUCAUACACGCGCACCGCCACACUCGGUGAUGCCGGUACGGAUGUUUUUCCCUGGGCCGAAGCCCGACGCUCGCGACAGACCAUCGAAGCAGCCCUGCAGCGUAAAGGGCGCGAUGGAGGCCCUAAUCUUUUGAGAUAUGUCAGUAAUUUCCAGCAAGAAAUCUGCUACUCCAAGCUGGGAUGUGAGCGCGAUAAGAGCUACGAGGUUUCCAAUAUCGGGGCUCUGUCAUGUGAAUUCGGUCCUGAAAAGCCACGUAUCGAAGGCAUGGUGUUCUCCCAGUGUGCGAGUGUCAUUGGAAAUGCAAUUGGUGUUUCUGUCGUGACGGGUGGUGACGGUUGUAUGGUACUGGCUGUGACGUGGCAGGAAGGUGUGGUUGACGCGGCCCUGGUUGAAGAUUCGAUUGGUUACUUGAGAGGUGAGCUGGGGAGGCUGGCGGAGGCUUGA